AUCCAUGGUACCAUCACGAGCCCCCGUACUCUAUAAAAUCAGUUGGGCUCUAUUUUAGGAGAGUAGAAGAUUUCGAAUUUUGAAUUUCCAUUUGUAGCGCCAUUCAGCAUUGAAUGCAGUUUCUUAAGCGGUACACGUCUGUGGCUUGCAUGAGUUUCGAGCCUGUCUUUUCGGCUGCAACACUCGAUUACUUUGGACGUCGGUUUCCAAGCGGUUCUCGAGAAGUGUCGACGCAUCACCCCUAUAUAAGGCGUGCUUCUCCUUCAAACCUUUUCUCAAUCAUUUCGCUUGCAAAUUCCCUUGAAGUUCUUCAUUCACAGAUCCUAGGAGGCCCAAGUCUCCUCGUCCGCUCCACAAUCCUUAGUUCCGGCUCAGGUCUGUCUUACUAUGCCUUCAUCUAGUUUUGUUCCCAUCCAUAACGUCUUCACUGAUGACGGGGCCAGUUCAAAUCGGCCCCAAAUUCCAGUUGACUUUCAUGGAGGUACAAGUGGGUGUGGGUCACCUCGUAGAUGGUAAGCUUUUGUUCGAGAACAAGUGGGGGGAGCUGAUUCGGAGAUGGGUGAUGUCGAUCUUGCCAGAAGGGAAUGAGUUGCCUACCAAAUUGAUCGUUGAGGGCUCACCCUUCAUGAUGGGGCAUUACAUAGGUGAGGACGGGGUUGUUGGGUUUUAGUUCAGAUCAGGUCGGCAAUGGCUGAUCGCAUAUCUGUUUUAUUUCCCCUUUUGUCUGAUUGUGUCCACUAUCCCGAACAAAUUUCUUACUUUGAUUUAGCGGGUGAUAAGAUGGCCGGCAUCCCAAUUUGAGCGACUUGCGGCAAAGGCUGGAGCCACCCCUGGCCCUAUGGUCCCACUCAGGAAGAUCCUGGCCCAGGGGCAAUUGAGGCCACCUCGGAGAAGUCAGGGGGAUCCGUCCUCGGAGAUGGCGCUGCGACUCUUGCAACGCCGUCUGCUGACCUCCGGCCUCCCAUCCCCAGGAGGCUGGGAAGAGGCUGACACACCAGCCCAUCUCCGGUCCCAAGAAGAAGAACAAAGCUGGGGUGAAACCUGUUGAUGGCGUUGUUGAUGUGGACUCAGACCCGGAUGCACAGUCUAUGGAGGGUGGCAGUAAGGGGAAUGCCCCGUCACCUCUCCACACUGUCAAGCUCACCGUGAAAUCGGGCUCAACUUCCAUAUUCUGCCGCACCGUGAAUCCCGUGUCUUUGGGCCCGGCUGUCACACAUCCUGCCAAUGCUGAGGAGAUCAAGGGCCUAUCUCCUCCGACUGCUAUCCAGCACGUAUUUCAUGUCAUGUCUGAGGUAUGUGUCCCUUCUGGACCCGCUGCUAUUGUUGCCUUUAAAAUUCUGCAAACCUGUCUCAUAUACACGAAAUUUUCCUGUUUCAAGACUUUGUGCUUGCUGAUUCCGGCUCCCUUCGUUUAGAUGGGGGGGCACGAUGAUGCUCAAGGUCUUCUCGCAAAUCUAAAAAAGAAGACGGUAGACUUGGAGCAGAGGCUGGCGACAGUGGAGAUGGCUCGGGUGAAGGAGGUGAAGGAGGCUGGCACACUGCAGAAGAGGCUUUGCAAUAUAGAGGUUUCCCACCGGGUCAUGGAGUGAGAAGUGAGGAGUAAAACAGAGGAGGCUGGUCCUGCUGCUGUUCAGGCUUUCUGGGAGAGUGAAGACUUCCGGGCGGAAGUGGAACAGAUCAUGCUCAGCAAGGGCCCAAAUCGCCUAGGCUUCUUUCCCCGUAAGGGGAGGCUAGGCUGGAUGAGAAGGGGACUCUGUGCUUUAAACUGGGUCAGUACGGGAUGCUGAAGUCCCUGUACGAGAUUCUGCAGAAGAGAAACCCUGCCUUCUCGGCUUUAGCUAGGGGAAUGCCAGAAUUGAUAGAGAACCUUGAAGCCCCCUAGUGGAACCUGAAAACCCCCUCAGAGAGCCUUGCCUUGGCUGACCUGACUCCGGAAGUUCCUCCUCCCUCCUCCUCCUCUGGUAAUUGAAUUUGAUCUUUUCAAACAUUUAACAAACAUCUUUCCCGGACCUGCGUGUCCGUUGUUUUCCACCCUGGGGGUGGCUUGUAACAGAACAUCUUACAUUCCUCUACCCUUUGGACCCUGAUGAUGAACCAUCAGUCAUCAGAGUCCACCAAUCUUCUUCAUCGCGACGUCUUUCUUCGGGCACAUCUCGCGCAGUUCAUUCCACUAUGAAAUCUGCCAAAGCAUGUCCCUUGAUUGAUGAUCUAGGUUGAAAACUUACUUGAUAUUAGCUGAUUAAUAAGGACCAUUUCACCACCCGUGCAGUCUUAGCCAUUUUGAAUAAAGUACCCACCCCUAGGUCUGACAAGACCUUAAUAGAGUGAGCUUGGAAAUAAUGGGCAAGUUUCUUAGCCGCUACGUAUACUGCCAGUGCGAUCUUCUCCAGGGCCGUAUAUCUGAGCUCGACGCCAUAGAGAAUCUUGCUUAUGUAAUAGACCGGCUUCUGCACAGUUCCUUCCUCGCGUACCAAAACGGAGCUGACUGCACUUUGUAACACCCCCAAGUAGAGGAUGAGCGUUUCACCUGCUUCAGGUUUGUUAAUAGGAGCUCUGACUGUAAAUACCUUUUGAGAUCUUCAAUGGCAGUUUGGCAUUCCUGAGUCCAUUCGAACCCGUUGCUUUUUUUCAAGAUCUGGAAGAAUGACAAGGACUUCUCAGCCGACCCGGAUAGGAAUCUUUCGAGGGCUGCCAGCCUCCAGGUUAGGAUUUGAACUUCCUUUACAUUCCAAAGGGGUUCCAUCUCCAGGAUCGCCUUGACUUUCUCUAAGUUGGGCUCGAUGCCUCUGUGGGUCACCAUGAACCCAUAAACUUCCCGCCCUGUACUGUGAAAGUGCACUUCUUAGGAUUGAGUCUUAGAUUCACCAUCUUCAUGAUGCCAAACACUUCCUAGAGGUCGUCUACAUGAUCUCCUGCCUUCUGGCUCUUCACGAUCAUGUCAUCCAUAUAUGCCUCCAUGUUUCUCCCAAGUACAAUUCGGAAGACCUUGGCUACCAUUCUGGUGUAUGUGGAUCUCACUAGUGGAGGGGAACUUGCCGUUCGAGAACAAAUGAUGGAAACUAAUCCGGAGAUGGACCAUCAUGAACCUGGCAUAGGGAAUUGAGUUGGCUGUUAAGCUCAUUGUUGAGAGCUCUCCAUUCCUGAUGGGUCAUUAUGUAGGUGAGGACAAUGUGGUCGUUCUUGAAUACACUUCAGAGGGUGAGAAGAUGGCGUCCAGGCUGGAGAAGCUCGCUGCUAAAGCUGGUUCUGUCCCGAG